AAUGUCUCACCCGGUGGUCAUAAAAUACUAUUUGCCGCGCUUUGCAUUCUGCUGUCGCUAAAGAGAAGCGAAGUAUUGACGCAGGCUAAGUAUAAAAAGCAGAAGAGUGACCUUUUUCACUACAAAUCGACACACCUGGCAGUGUCUCUUCCACGAAAAUAUUGCAAACUUUCCACACGCUUCGAAAGAUGUGGGCAAGUCCGAAGAUGCAUAUGAUCUUUGUGGCUCUUUUUAUACUCGCGAUUGAAGGUAAGGAAAAUGCGAGGCUCGUUUACCCAAGACUUCUUGAGGAGAGGUCGUCUGACGGGAGGAUGGUGGUUCACGUGCACGACGACCUCACGCUUAACCUCAGGAAAUCGUCAGUCGCAGCCGGCGAAAUCCGUGUGCUGACGGAGGAAGACGGACGCCGCGUCACCCGAUUCUACAACGGGGAAGAUAUUGAGAAACAUCUUUACGAAGACGAAGAAAAAAUUGCCGCUGUCAUGUUGACCACAACUGAAAAUGGUGUCCGCAUGGAAGGACUAGUAGGACCCAAACACAGGAUUCAGCCAACGCCGAUCUCGGGGAGAUCUGAAGAUGGCGUGGUGCCUCAUGAGAUCCACGAAAUUGAGCAAAAGGAAAUGUUGGAUAAAACUCUCUCUUACAGACGCGAAGAUCCAGAUGUCCCCAGUGAACGGUCAUCAUUAUAUGCAGGCAUGGUUCCGGCCGUCGUCACUGUGGAAAUAUUCAUAGUUUCAGACAAGAAGCAUCACAGAUACUUCAGUCGUACGGAGCUAGAACUGCGGUAUUUGUGCAUUCUUAUGAACGCUGCAAACUUAAGGUAUAAAGCCACGUCAAAUCCAAGGGUGAAGCUUCUACUUUCAGGCCUGGAAAGAAGUCAGAAGGAAGACUACAUUAUGUCUCCGGAGGACGGUUACCUGUUUGACGACCUAACAAUAAUGAUGUUUAAACAGCACGCCGUAAAACAUAAGAGCGAGUAUGGCAAUCCAGAUUGUGUCUAUCUCAUGACAGGGCUCAACGUGUUUACCUUCUAUCAAGGCAGAAUGACUGACGCCGGUUUAGGAAUUGGAUAUGUUUCUGGUGUCUGCACAAGCCACUUCGUAGCACUCGGAGAAGACGAGCCGGGACAAUUCAGUGGAACGCACACUUUUGCCCACGAAAUUGCUCAUCUGCUGGGAGCAAAACACGACGGAGAUGGCCCAGACCCGGACAUCCCAGGGCACCCUGGUGCAGUAGGUUGUCCUUGGAGUGACGGAUACAUGAUGAGCUACGUCAACAAAGGGCCUGAAUUCCACCGUUUCUCGCCAUGCAGCUUGAGCCAAAUUCGGCACGUAGUCAGCCGUGCGGGAUCAGCGUGCUGGAAAGUGUCAUCACAGGGGAGCGUGGUGAAGCAUGUAUACCCAGGAAUGGCGGUGACCUUUAAGCAAUUUUGCAGCGCUUUGCCCACCGACAAGGAAAACUCCACGUAUGAAUACGCCACCGUCAAUCAAAGCUCCUGUAAAGUGAGGUGCCAUUUUUCCACAAUUUACACAUAUGUAUGGCAGAAUGGCGUACGGAAAAAUUACAAGCUAUUUUUUACCAAAACGCAAGACGCACUGGACUACAUGCCAUGCGGAGAUCAUCACGUUUGCAUUCAAGGGGUCUGUUUGGAAAAGAAUUCCCCCAUAGCGGUCACAGAGGACGAGCUCACAACUGAUCAGCCGGCUUCAGUUACCGAAGUCAGUGCAGGCCGUGACACAGAGACGACAGAAACGACACCUACGAUAAAAACAACAACAAGGAAAUUUCCAUGGCGGCACACAAGGAGAAGAUACCUCGGGCAUUAAUAGCACUGCUCUAGCAUUCAGUUAAAAAAUUGAAGGCACCGCAAUUAAAACUACUGUGAACUAAAAAGAAGCUUUAAGC